AUGAUCGCCUCGCUCGCUCGCGUUCAGCGCGGCCGCAAUGGCAUCUCUGCCGCCCAAAAGGCUCUUGGCGCUACCCGCUCCCUGGCCACCCCGGCCGCCGAUGGCCGCGUUCCCACCUUCCACCCAUCGCGCGUCCCACCCUACACAGAGCUACUCUCCACCCUCGAAACCGUCCGAGCGCAACUCAACCGACCCUUGACACUCUCGGAAAAGAUUCUCUACUCGCAUCUCCGAAACCCAGAGCAGGACUUGGCGGGUGUCGGCAGCGAUGUUUCGGCCAUUCGAGGCAAGAAGUACCUCAAGCUCAAGAUCGAUCGUCUUGCCAUGCAGGAUGCUUCCGCACAGAUGGCUCUUCUCCAAUUCAUGACUUGUGGCUUGCCACGUACCGCCAUUCCCUCCAGUGUACACUGCGAUCAUCUCAUUCAGGCGUACGAAGGCGCAGAGGCCGAUCUCAAGCGCUCCAUCGCCUCCAACCAGGAGGUCUUUGCCUUCCUCGAAUCGGCUUCCCAAAAGUACGGCAUCGAGUUCUGGGGUCCCGGUUCCGGCAUUAUCCACCAGAUCGUCCUCGAGAACUACGCCGCACCUGGUCUUCUCAUGCUCGGCACUGACUCGCACACGCCCAACGCUUCCGGUCUCGGCUGUCUCGCCAUCGGCGUCGGUGGCGCGGAUGCCGUCGACGCCAUGACCAACACUCCCUGGGAGCUCAUGGCACCCAAGGUGCUCGGCGUCCACCUCAAGGGCGAGCUCAGCCCCUGGUGCACGCCCAAGGAUGUCAUCCUUCACCUCGCUGGCAAGCUCACCGUGCGCGGCGGCACCGGUAAGAUCGUCGAGUACUCGGGCCCGGGUCUGCAGACGCUACCCGCUACGGGUCUUGCCACCAUGUCCAACAUGGGGGCCGAGGUCGGUGCCACCACUUCCGCCUUCCCCUUCACUCCCGCCAUGGGCUCGUACCUCGAGGCGACGGGUCGUGCCGAGGUGGCCCGCGCUGCCGAGAAGGCGGCUGGUCAGGGCUUCUUGGCCGCCGACGAGGGCGCAGAAUACGACGAACGCAUCGAGAUCAACCUCUCGGACCUCGAACCCUGCCUCAACGGUCCCUUCACCCCCGAUCUUAGCACGCCCCUCUCCGAAUUUGUCAACAAGGCCAAGUCGGAGGCUCGCGACCACCCCGUCGAGCUCAGCGCCGCGCUCAUUGGCAGCUGCACCAACUCGUCGUACGCCGACAUGGCUCGAUGCGCUUCGCUCGCUCAGCAGGCUCGCGACCGUGGCAUGAAGGUCAAGUCGAGCUUCGACGUCACCCCUGGUUCCGAACAGGUCCGAGCUACCGUCGAGCGCGAUGGCAUCCAGCAAGUUCUGACGGACGUCGGUGGACGUGUCCUCGCCAACGCCUGCGGUCCCUGCAUCGGUCAGUGGAACCGAAAGGAGCUGCAGGGCGAGGAGAACGUCAUCCUGACCUCGUUCAACCGCAACUUCCGCGGACGCAAUGAUGGCAACUCCAAGACGUGGAACAUGCUCGCCUCGCCCGAGAUUGUCACCGCCAUGGCCUUUGCUGGUCGUCUCGACUUCAACCCCAUGACCGACACCCUCACCGCUCCGGAUGGCAAGCCGUUCAAGUUUGAGCCUCCUCAGAGCGAUGUGCUGCCCGCCAGCGGAUUUGCACAGGGUGAUGUCGACUACCUGCCCGCACCCAUGCCCGAGCCGCAGCCCGACACCGAGGUGCUGAUCAGCCCCACGUCCGCGCGUCUCGAGCCGCUGGAGCCCUUCUCGAGCCCUUUUGCCGCCACCGCCGCGCAAGGCAAGUACGAGCUGCCCACCAUGCGCUGCCUGCUUCGCAUCAAGGGCAAGUGCACCACCGACCACAUCUCCGCCGCCGGUCCUUGGCUCAAGUACAAGGGCCAUCUGUCCAACCUCGCCGAAAACACGCUCAUCGGCGCCACCAACGACGAGUUCGACGCGGUCAACGUCGCGCAGGACUACGAAACCGGAAAACAGGACACCAUCCCCGGCGUCGCCAAGAUCUACAAGUCGCGCCAGCAGCCGUGGAUGAUGGUGGCCGACCACAACUACGGUGAAGGCUCGGCACGUGAGCAUGCCGCCCUGCAGCCCAGGUUCUACGGAUGCAACUUGAUUGUGGCGCGCAGCAUCGCGCGGAUUGCCGAGACCAACCUGCGCAAGCAGGGCGUGCUGACGCUGCUGUUUGAGAACGAGGACGAUUACCUCCGGAUCGGCUCAGGUGAUCUGGUCGAGACGGUCAAUUUGACGGAUCUGAUUCGACCGGGUGGAGAUCUGUCAACGCAGGUCAAGCUGAAGGUGACCAAGUUCGAACAGGACGGUUCUACCGUCAAAGAAACAUUCGAGUUGCCGACUAAGCACUCGUUGAGUGCGGCGCACCUGGACUGGAUUCGAGCUGGAUCGGCGCUCAACCUGAUCCGCGAGCAAGCCUCGCGAUCAUCCGCCGCCGCCGGUGGUGUGUCCGGAGCCUUUGCCGCUGCGGCCAACAAGGUUUCAUCCGCCCUCGGUAGCGUUCGAGGCUACGCCACCGCCGCCAAACCCUCUACUGGCGGGUCGCGCAACCCGAACGAUCCGAACUACAUCCCGCCCGCCGCCGACCCGCGCACCGAUUCGAUCCGCAAGAUCGUCUACCCGCCCACCUCUGCCAAGGACAAAGCUGCCACUUCGGCCGCGUCGGUGCUGCCGUUCCCGGCCGAGCAGGCGGAGGAGAUCCAUUCGACCAUCACGCGCGCCUGGCUGCUCUUCCAGCGCACCCAGCGCGAAUCGCUUUCGGAACGACUGGAUCGCAAGCAAGCCCGCCUCCGCGAGGCGUUGACCGAUCUCAAAUCGACCGAUGAACGACUGUACGCAGCGGCGACGUACAAGGUUGCCCCCAACAAGCGGUCCCCGAAGGAACACAGGAGACUGGUCGAGCUGGGACUGGUGACGUUGCCAGGGGCGGAGCCGAAGGCGGAUGCGCCUAGCGGCGCAGAGGCGAGGAGACUGGUCAAGGCCGUUGCGGGAGGCGCACGGUUGGAAGGGUUGUUCCCGAGAGAGAUGCGCGUGCCUACCGCGACACCGGGGAGGAAGGUCUGGCCUGCGUUUGAGGGUGCGCAGUAA